AUGUCGAAUCUAUAUCUUUGUCCUGAUGAUUUUUGGCGUUGUCCAAUUGAUCUUAAUCAUCAAGUACUUGCUAAACGAUUUCAAUAUCAUAUUCGACGAUGUAUGAUUGCUAAUCCUCAUAUUCGUCGUGUUCGAUGUGUUUUUAAUGCUAAUCAUUUAACAACACCAAAUGAUUUACUCAUUCAUAUGUCAACAUGUCCUGAUGCAAUUAAUAGAAGCACUGUACUUAUUGGUCUUUCUGAUAUUCCACCAGGUCGACCUUGGAUUGAUAAUUGUAAUCGAUCAUCUGUACCAACUGAUUGGCAAAUGUUUCACGAUGUAAAUGCUACUGAAGAUUGGGAUGAUGAUAUUCGUGAACGACGUGCAAAAAGUGUCGAAAACAAAAUGCCAACAUUAUUAUCACCAUCACCAUUGAUUAAUCAACCUUUAAAUGAAAAACAACAAAAAGAUGUUGAACAUUAUAUAUAUAAUAUUGAAGAUAUAAAUCAUAAAACAAUAAUAAAUAAUUAUACACCUGUAACUGUUAUUAAACAAGCACAUGUUUUUAAAGAAUAUGAUAAUGAUGGUUUAAUUCAUCCUGUCGAAACUGAUGAAAUUACCAAAAAUUUAAUGAAAAUUCGAACAUUACAACUUAUUGGAGGUGCUGGUCGUGGUACCUGUUGUUUAUUACGUACAGUUCCACCAGUACUGGAUUGUUCGUCAAACAAAUAA